GUGCUCCAGUCCCCUCUGGCAGGCAGAGGGCUGAAGACAGGACACUCCAGAGUCAGGAGCCUCCCCUGGAAUUAGGAUCCUGUACCCCUGGCAGCUGCCUCGCUUUCUUUCCACGAAUUUCACCCAUCUGGCCAGCAAGAUGCGCGUGGUGGUGAUCGGAGCGGGUGUCAUUGGGCUGUCCACAGCUCUCUGCAUUCAUGAGCACUACCACUCAGUCCUGCAGCCGCUGGACCUGAAGGUCUACGCAGACCGCUUCACCCCACUCACCACCACUGACGUGGCUGCUGGUCUCUGGCAGCCCUACACCUCGGACCCCAGCAAUCCACAGGAGAUGCACUGGAACCAGCAGACGUUUGACUAUCUCCUGAGCCAUAUCCAUUCUCCCAAUGCUGAAAAAAUGGGCCUGGCUCUGAUCUCGGGCUACAACCUCUUCCAUGGAGCCGUUCAGGACCCUUUCUGGAAGGACACAGUUCUGGGGUUUCGGAAGCUGACCCCCAGAGAGCUGGACAUGUUCCCAGAUUUUAGCUAUGGCUGGUUCAACACAAGUCUGCUUCUAGAGGGGAAGCGCUACCUGCAGUGGCUGACUGAGAGGUUAACAGAGAGGGGAGUGCAAUUCUUCCAGCGGAAGGUGGAAUCUUUUGAGGAGGUGGCAAGAGGAGGUGUGGACGUGAUUAUCAACUGCACCGGGGUGUGGGCUGGAGCGCUGCAACCAGACCCCCUUCUGCAGCCAGGCAGGGGCCAGAUCAUCCAGGUGGAUGCCCCUUGGAUAAAGCACUUCAUUAUCACACAUGAUGGAGACCAAGGAGUCUACAAGUCCCCAUACAUCAUCCCAGGGAUCCAAACAGUUACUCUUGGUGGCAUCUUCCAGUUGGGGAACUGGAGUGAAGUGAAUAGUGUCAAUGACCAUAACACCAUUUGGAAAGGCUGCUGCAGACUGGAGCCCGCAUUGAAGGAUGCAAGAAUUGUUGGUGAAUGGUCUGGCUUUCGGCCAACACGGCCCCAGAUUCGGCUAGAACGAGAGCAGCUUCGUGUUGGACCUUCAAACACAGAGGUCAUCCACAACUACGGCCAUGGAGGCUAUGGGCUCACUAUCCACUGGGCCUGUGCCCUGGAGGUAGCCAAGCUCUUUGGGAAAAUCCUGGAAGAAAAGAAGUUGUCCAGGAUGCUGCCAUCCCACCUCUGAAGACUCUAGGAACCAUAACCACCACAGUCCCCAGCAGAACUCUCCACUCACCUCAGCCAACUGGUCAGUGAUAGGCCGUCACAUGCUUCCUAUUUGACCCCUGAAUUCUUUCCGCAAAGAAGCACGAGGUGAGAAGAAAAUCCAAGGUCAAUUCCUGGAGAAGAGUCCACUCCAAACUCUGAGAUAACGGAGGUCUCUCCAUCCUUUUUGGGUCUGACAUUAUGAAGAUCAGCUAGCAAUUGUUAGUCCAUGAGUCUUUAGAAGGAAAGUUCAGGAAAUCAAAGAGGUUAACAUCCCAGAGUCACAGAAAAUUGAGGAUGGGUAAGCCUAAGUAACUUGAUUACAAGCCACACUAACAUUAAAGGCUCUGAAAAGUCCUGCAGCAAAGACGCCUAUCAUUUAACCCAGUGUUUCUUAAACCAAUCUGGCUAUGGAAACCUUUUGACAAGAUCACCAAUAAAUACUACAGAACACACUUGCAGACUGUGUAACAGAUUGUGUUGUAGGAAAUUAUAUAGAGAACUGGGGUGUGGAGGAAGCAAAAGAGGUGAGGCAUUGAACUGGUAACAUAUGCUACCUGUUUCACCCAGAGUCCUAAAUGGCAUCAGCUGUCUACUGAAUGGCCCCAUGGACACCAUGUUACUCUUGAAGAGGGGCCACGGGAGGGCUCAUCCCACAAAGAACUCCUUCAGAGACGAUUAAACUCACCAAGCAUUCUCCUCGCUUCAGGGACAGAGUUAAUGACUCUCUUGUCUUCUGGCACCCUCUGAGAUGAACAGGCUUCCAGAUGUUUUGGAAAGCCUUACAUGAACCUAGAAGAUCCCUUGGCAUCUUCAUCCCUAAUUUUCUGUUUCAGCCUCAGGUUGAAUUUUCACCUGUCUGGGUUUUUACCAAAAGUGACAGUGGGCCAGUUGGUGGCAUGGUGGUUAAGGUGCUGGAUCCCACAUGGCUGACUUCUCAGUCCAAGUC